AUUCGAUAGUCUCGUUUCGGCAGACCCGGACUGCGAGCGCCAUUCCCGUAUCCGAUGCUGUGCGCUCUCGCCACCGCGUCUCCUCCCGCCAAGCCCAACCCCUCGCAUGCCGCCGCCGCCGACCACCACGCGCGCCUGAGGGCGGCGGCGGCACGCUCCGACCUCCCGGGCGAGCUCGCCGCCUUCGCCGCCAUGUCCUCCUCCUCCUCUGCCCCCGCGGGCGCGCGCCCUGUCCUCCGCACCUUCACCGCCCUCCUCAAGCUCUGCGCCGCGCGCGCCGACCUCGCCACGGGCCGCGCCGUCCACGCGCAGCUCGCCACGCGGGGGCUCGCCUCAGAGUCCCUCGCUGCCACGGCCCUCGCCAACAUGUACGCCAAGUGCCGCCGCCCCGCCGACGCGCGCAGGGUGUUCGACCGGAUGCCCACCAGGGACCGCGUCGCCUGGAACGCGCUCGUGGCCGGGUACGCGCGGAACGGCCUCGCUCAGGCGGCGAUGGAGAUGGUCGUCCGGAUGCAGGUGGAGGACGGGGAGCGGCCCGACUCGGUCACGCUCGUGUCCGUGCUGCCGGCCUGCGCUGACGCCCGCGCGCUCGACGCGUGCCGUGAGGUCCACGCGUUCGCGCUGCGUGGUGGUUUCGAUGUGCUGGUCAAUGUCUCCACGGCGAUCCUUGACGCCUACUGCAAGUGUGGAGCGAUUGAGGUGGCAAGGGCGGUCUUUGACUGGAUGCCACACAAGAACUCUGUGUCUUGGAAUGCCAUGAUCAAUGGAUACGCCGACAACGGGAAUUCUGCGGAGGCACUGUCACUCUUCAAGAGGAUGCUUGGGGAGGGUGUGGAUGUGACGGAUGUGUCCGUAUUGGCAGCAUUGCAAGCGUGCGGGGAGCUUGGGUAUCUUGAUGAGGCGAGGCGUGUCCAUGAGCUACUUGUGAGGAUCGGUUUGAAGUCCAAUGUGUCGGUGAUGAAUGCGCUGAUCACCAUGUACUCCAAGUGCAAGAGGACUGACCUUGCUGCCCAGGUGUUCAAUGAGCUGGGCAACAAGACACGGAUCUCGUGGAAUGCCAUGAUCCUCGGCUUCACACAGAAUGGAUGUUCUGAGGAUGCAGUGAGGCUUUUCUCUAGGAUGCAGUUGGAAAAUGUGAAACCUGAUUCGUUCACUCUCGUCAGUGUGAUUCCUGCAGUUGCGGACAUUUCAGAUCCACUGCAGGCAAGAUGGAUCCAUGGAUAUUCUAUCAGGCAACACCUAGACCAGGACGUGUAUGUCCUGACAGCGCUAAUUGACAUGUACGCGAAAUGUGGGCGUGUUACUAUAGCUAGAAGCCUCUUCAAUUCUGCAAGGGAGAGGCAUGUUAUCACAUGGAAUGCAAUGAUCCAUGGGUAUGGCUCACAUGGUUUUGGCAAGGUUGCAGUUGAGCUGUUUGAAGAGAUGAAGGGCACUGGCAGGUUGCCCAACGAGACAACGUUCCUCUCAGUCCUCACGGCGUGCAGUCAUGGUGGUUUGGUUGAUGAAGGACGGAAUUUUUUUGCUAGCAUGAAGGAGGACUAUGGGCUUGAACCUGGGAUGGAGCACUAUGGUACCAUGGUGGAUCUUCUUGGACGAGCUGGGAAGCUAGAUGAAGCAUGGUCUUUUAUCCAAAAUAUGCCUACAGAGCCUGGGAUUAGUGUUUACGGCGCAAUGUUAGGUGCUUGCAAGUUGCACAAGAACGUGGAAUUGGCAGAAAAAUCAGCACGGAGGAUCUUUGAGCUGGGGCCAGAAGAGGGGGUGUAUCAUGUCCUCUUGGCAAACAUUUAUGCAAACGCUUCAAUGUGGAAGGGCGUUGCAAGGGUGAGGACUGCUAUGGAGAAGAAAGGCCUCCAGAAGACUCCUGGAUGGAGUAUUAUUCAGCUCAAGAAUGAGGUCCAUACCUUCUACUCUGGAAGCACAAACCACCAGCAAGCAAAGGAGAUAUAUGCAAGGCUGGCUAAACUCAUAGAAGAGAUUAAAGCUGUGGGCUAUCUGCCAGACACUGAUUCAAUACAUGAUGUGGAAGAUGAUGUUAAGGCCCAGCUGCUCCACACCCACAGUGAGAAGCUUGCAAUUGCAUAUGGGCUCAUUCGCACAGCCCCUGGCACAACAAUUCAGAUAAAGAAGAACCUUCGAGUUUGUAACGACUGUCAUAAUGCGACCAAGUUAAUAUCUCUAGUGACAGGACGGGAAAUAAUCAUGCGCGAUAUUCAACGAUUUCACCAUUUCAAGCAUGGUAAAUGUUCAUGUGGAGACUAUUGGUAGUGAAGUGUUGAAGCUGUAGUGAUGAACUCCACUGCCACUUUUAAUGCAUUAAUAGAUGCCAGGUUCAUCAGGCUUGUUGACGACCAUGUUGGUUCCCCUCCAGCCAAAUCAGAUACUCCCCGGAAUACAAUCACAGGUACGCCAGGAGAUGUUGUUGUCUGUUGAAAUAGUGAGAGAGUUCUUUUAGUUGCAACGCUAUCCUUAAGUUACACGAUUUUCUUAAAAUGAUGAACUGCAAAUAUUGGGAGAUAUAUAAAUGAAAACUAUGAGACAUAUGAUAUGUUAAAACUCACCAUAACCACUGCUGCGCUCUCCUCAUCGACUGUUGACACCCCAAAUUCUCUGAAUAGGAAGUUCCUGUAUUCUGCGUUGUCUAGAAACAUGUCGGCUGAUGAUCCUUUAAGCCCAUAGACAACUUGUGGAGUUGUCGGCAAGCAGAAAGUGUCAUUGCAUCUUUCAAGUUUGACCUGCAGAAAUUUCACAAUUAGUAGGCUAUAAUUUGUCAUGCACAAAUGUGUAUUUGUUGUGCUACCGAUAUAUAGUUUGUAUCUCUCACCUUAAGUUGUUCUGCGAUUUUGAACCAUGCUGAAUCUACAGGUAGCCAGAAAACUUCUUCCAUAGGCUUACCCACUGAGUAUAGCUCCUCAUUUCUGAACUUCAGGGAUCCGAGCAGGUUCUCUCCUCCAUUUGGGACGUUAUAUUCUCCAAAGCUUAGUUCUGCUGAUGACUCUUUUGUUGAUCUGAACUUCUGAAAUAGUCAGAAAUACCAUAAAUCAUGCUAUGGGGUAAGUUUGAAGUGUUAUAUCGUUGAUGCUAAAUUUAUGUGCAAAUCUGAAGACUACUUCGAACUUGUGCUUCGAAAUUAUCUUCUAUUCCUAAACCAGUUGUUUCUGGCUGCAACUGGUGGGAUCUGAUUUUAUUAUUGUUUACAUCUUGUUGGGGGAAAAGCUAAUUCCAGUCAGAGGGGUACCUUCCAUGUCCAAGCGCCUGUGUAAGCAACGAGCUUGGGGACACUGACGUCGCCAAACGACAUGGAAUCAUUGGAACUUCCUGCUGUGCCAUAAUGAACAAUUCCAGAAACGCUAAAGACAUCGAUGAGAGUCUGUACAGUGACAGCUGCGUUCAACUGGAAAAUCAAAGAG